CUUGACCUAUGUCGGUCAACCUCAGGGCCGUGUACUGGAUGCUCGUCCCGUUCUCAAUUUUCGCCUUCCUGGCUGUUUUUCCGUAAAGUUGUGCCGUUAGUUAAACUUACGUGCUUUAUGAGUUAUUGGAGAGUUGUCCGAAGAGAUGAAACCGAAGGUGCAGACUAUGGGUCUAUGCAUCUUAAUGAAACCCCAUCGCUUUAUCUAAUGCCAUCCUUGUCAUCUCGAUGCUCUGCUCAAGCGUUGGCCACUGAAUGGCUCGAACGUAAUUACGAGGCGAACCGGAUCUCCUUGGUGGAGUAUCGCACAAGACUUCAGGAACUGAGGCGAGCUGUUCGCCUGGGUGUCGAUUCCGCAUCUACUUGCACCGAUGGUAUUGUUUCCUCGCUGCGUCAGCUCAUGGCUAGUGGAUGGCUAACUGACCGUUGGCGUCUUAUCUCCGUGGACUGCGAUCAUUUCGCCUCGGAGAGCUGGGAGCAAAGUUUCGUCUGUUGCUAUCGAAAUGCCCAAUGCGUGCUUUCCAGUCUAUUUCGUCUUCCCGAAUUCAGAAAACGCCUGUUUGGCGCUCUCUCCGCCAUGCCUUCGUUGUGGAAGCUACAGGCUCUCCUCGAAUCCGCAUGGACAUUGGGUUUUGACCCACUUGGAGCCUCUCAGUUGGCUUCGGCACUGCGUUCGGCCAACUAUCAAUCAGGUGUCCCUGCCAUGGAGACAUCCGCUGCGUCCUCGGUGGACGGUCGCAAUCUGGUCGGGCUAGUGGAUAGCACCGUCUGGCUUGGGGCAUCUGAUUUGGUCAGUCUGUUCGGAUCAAUUGGUGUCCGAUGCACGUUGCUCGAAUGUCGUGCUCCCUCAGGACCAAAUAAUUCCCAUCCUCGGCUCUUGGAGCACAUCUACUCAUACAUCACCACCGGUCGCCUGAGCAGCACUUCAUUGGAGACCUUCUCCGCUCCCAUGGUGUUGCAACACGAGGGACACAGCCGCAUUGUUAUUGGGAUUGAAGUGGACGAUGCAGAACAACCCACCGCACUGAUUGCUCUAGACCCGAACACCCCUGUGGACGCUAUGCGUCAGAUCACCAAGGCUGCCGAAUGCUCCAGAUCUCCCACUGCCAGCUCUGGUCUUUCUCGCCUCUCUCCUGCCCCGUACAACUGGAUGGAAAUACUUGGCAGUUUACGCGUGGACGCACGGGAUGUGACACAUCCGCAGUAUCAGCUACUCCAAGUCAACGGCUUGAUUGAAACCGAAAUGGAUUUACAGGUUUCUACGCUGCUACCUUUGUCCCACGACUCACCUCGUAACCCAUUACAUGUAGAAGUUGUUUUGUUGGACAUGCUACUCACAAGUAGUGUACUGAAAACACCUUAUUGAAUACUUGAAUCUAGCCGCUCCGAAACUGUAUUGCCCCCCUGUUCCAACUGUUGUGGUGAAUCGGCAUUAAUGCAGAGAAGAAAGUAACUAAGAUUGUAGUGUGGCUCCUAGACACGCUUUCAUGGUAUUCAAUAUUUUCGCCUGUAUUUACUUUGUACCGGUGGUAAACAGGAGCAACACCGUUUUGAAAGGUUUGCCCCCUGUACUACCACUGUAGUCCUUUAGUCUUGACAUAUGUAGCGCAGUUAAGGGCGGAAAUAUUGUCAAAAUACCGCAAAAUGGUCUUCAGAAUCCCUUUUUCUCCGCAACAACGGUGAUUCACUACAUUUGUUUUAAUCGGUGCUAUCGCAUUUAACAUUAAAAAGUUCCCUCUAGAACAUGGAGAAAAUUCCUUUCAAUGUAUUGAGGGAAACAGUUGCGACUCGUCUCCAUUUUUGUUUUUCUCAUAAUUUACACAACUAGUGCGCACAUUUUCCGCUCCACAUUGUGGGAUUAUGACCACCUUUCUAUAUUAGUUCCCUGUUCUCUGUUAUUAUUUUCAUACUGCAUAUUGUUCAAUGAUUUUUUACUGAUAAUCACUGAUCGGUGGUUCCCAUGUGCUUUGAUCUACUUAGCCAGGCCAUAUCAGCAAGCCUGGUACUGUGUUCCUCCUUAGGUGUCACGGUAGUUACCGAACAGUUAAGUGCACGUCGUAUCUCUUAGCUCCAAUCCGCGAUGACAAAACCCUAGUGUACAUAAGGGUAUUUUUCUAAAGGAUGUAUGUUCACGGAUUAGUUUCCCUAGAGAAAUCAUGCAUCGUUGUUAGGGAGGACAUUUCCACAUUUUCCUUCGGUUUUGCAUGCUCUUAUUGAGUUAACUCGGUUGCUGAAUCACAGAGAAUCCAUUAACAUAUGAUGUAGGCCAAUCGGUUGCCGUUGUCAGCUAACGUUUGCCUCACUGUUUCUUAACACUCGUGCAGUUGGUCUCACACGUGUUUUGGACUAGGAAAAUAAUUUUUUUGUUUAACUCUACUUAAUUGCAUGAAACUGCUUCGUGCAACGAAAUCGGACCAGUUACUCUUCCCUGGGAUACCCACACGUGUGCUUCGACCUCUGAUCAUUUGUCCAUUGGAUAACUCUCAUUGGUAGGCAUAUCACGGUUUGUGAUGAGCUAUGUGAGUGUUCUGAACGUGUUUACUGAUUUUCAACAAAGACCUUCCUUUACCUUUCUUUAGUGAGUAGUUGGUGGACUUAUCAUGUUUUUAAAAGAAGAAACUUAUCUCUAAGACCAGCUUUGUCCCUUGUAAAUCCUCGCAAAAACACGGUAAAUCUGGUAGCGGUUGAGCCGUUCGCCUCGUGGCUUUCCCACGCUACGCUACUUACUGCACGCUACCCAACAACGCACUGAUGAUGUUACCUCGAUUGGUUACUUAACGUUUGCAGCAAGGUUGCCAAGCUCAUUCAAUAGUUCAACUGCUGCCAGAACAACUUGAGCUGCCAAUUUUUGCCUUAAUUUCAAGCCCGAUAAAUCACCAUACAACUCACUACUAAUUGCCGUAAUUGCCUUAGCACCUUACUGCCACCUCAAUUGGUGGCGGCUUGCAAAAGGUGAUCGUUUAUCUGAGGGUCAGCUCAGUCUUUCGCGCGUCCUUAACCAUGCAUGACAUUGAGGGAUGAGCCGUCCUAUGUCGCAGUUAGAUUUCAAUAUUGGUUUUCCGCCGUCCUCACCCUUGCCUCACUGGCAUAACUUACUGACUAGUAGGUAUAAGAUCAUGGGUUCGGAUCUGGCGGGAUCUGCUGGGUUCGUGCUGCUGCCGAGUCACAAUAGGACAAAAUAGACCGUCUGGCGCUUUUCUUGAUGUGUGGUGCCUGUCUGGCUGCGUCUAUCUGCGACGAAUCUUCAAGAAGAUACUUUCCUUUUUAUCUAGCGGGCUUCUUCUCUUUCACCUCCCUGUCUCCUGCCUUACAGGAAUGUCUAGUCACUCAUUAAUUUGAUAUCGGAUUACUGAUACAUUGCGAUCUAAAGUGUUGGAAACCGGCAGUGACUUCACUUUUUUACUGCAUUCCCACCCUUGUACGUCGAAUGAGGAAGACGUUAGCAGUUAAUGAGGAUACUUGUGUUUCGCAGCACGGAUGAUUAUGUUCGAUUUUUCCGCAUGCCAACAUUUUGGCUGCAAGCCAGUUAACAUUAUCAGUGCAACUUCAAGGAAGUGACAUGCAAACACAUCUGACUUGCUUUUUUCCCUCAUCAUAGUUUGAAAUUUGGCUUCCGUCAUUUUUAUUGACUCUUUCAUUUUCCGGUUGACAUGUGCCGAUUUACUGCUCUUAUCCGUCGCGCUUCGUAAGCAAUCUCUGACUCUGAUUGAACUCUGCCCCCGAGUAUCUCUGGUUUCGAUGAACUCAGGUGUUAUCCGGAUUAUUGCUCUCCCUAUUGUCCCUAUAUUUUCCGAGUCAGAUUGAUAGUUUUCGGCGUCUAUAUGCACCGACUAUGUUUGUAUUCGCGCCUUAUUGGCCUAUGACCAGGUUAUGUUCGUGUAGCGUCAUCGAACCAACCUUCUUUCCUCUCUGGCCCAGAUAGUGUUUGUCACAGUGUUUACGAAGGUCUUUGUAAGCCACACCACUUGUUUCUGUAUUGCUCCACUUGCCCCUAGCAUUGUGGAGUUUGUUCCGAAUACUUUGCGCUUGUCAGUGAGCAGUUUUGCUUCCUUGUAGUAAUAAACAUUUCGCCAUCAUCUCUUAAAUUUUCUUCCUGCAUGGUAGAGUUGUCGUCCUCUUAUCCACUUCCGUUGUUUGUCUGAGUGGCGGUCGAUUUUCCGACAUCUAACAACGCAACAUACAAACCCUGGUAUAUGAAUUCUGUGUUAUGAUUUGGAAUUGAUGAUUUUGUUUUUUAUUGGUUAGUUGGUCAAAAUUACUUCAGCAUCUUUCUGUCGAUCUAUAUCAGCCUUGAUAGUUACAUGCAGGAAACCAUAUUUUCUCCGCAUUGAGCUUUUAUACACUAUAGUUUUUCGAACAGUGCAUCACUUGCGUAUAUUGCUUUUGAGGUUGUUGGUGACUGGCAGUACUAAUCUCCAUUUAGUCGUUCUCUACCCGAGACCUGUGUGGGCUAUUCCAUAUUUUGAGUCAUUUACAAAUGUACAAGUCUGAUAAAACGUUGUGAAAGACGCAUGUCCGCUUAGACCAACUUCCGGGGUAUUUUACGGCCGCGGUUGUUACCGGCCAUUCACCGUUCCACUCUAACCGCAUUUUCCUCGAUGAUGGCGUUCAGUGUAUACCGCAACAACAACAACGUCUCUUAGUGAAUGCCAAGUAGUGAUCGUGAGCCCACCGUGUUCUUACCCACAUAGUGAUGCGCCCUCAGCCAGUGUUCCGUGGCGCCUCUGCUGACCGCGAAUGUACGCGCGUGUGUGUGUGUGUGUGUGUAUCGUCCUUCCUCUGCGCUCAUUGGCCAAUUCCCUCCCUGUCUGAUCAAACACUGGACUCAGCACUCACGUUAAUUGCUUGCUUGCUGUUCACUUCUAUACGUAUUCUGUAUGCACCGUUGCUUACGAGAUACUUCAUCGGCCCGUCAUUGUUCUGAUUCAUCUGGGUGUAACACACCAUGGGGUGACACGAUCAAUGUACUCACAUAGUUUUGCUGUUCACUUCUUGACUUUAAAGCAAAGCACAUGAAAUAAGUGACUUGGUAUCACAUAAUAACUGUCCUAUAAACGGUCUGCUCGGGUAUCAACACGCUGCAUACUUCGUUUCCACACACACACACACACACUUAUUGUUUCCCCCUUUUCAUUUGCAGGACGCAAUGGCGCCGGAGAAUAUCACAAUCGCCAUUUGAUUGGCUGUCACACAUACACACACACAACCAUUGCCCAGCUGCUCCGGGUUGUCCUUACGAGUCGCGGUACAAUCAUCGCAUGUGUAUGAUGGCUCAUUUAGUUUACCAUUAAUUCUCGCUUUUGCAUCUCAAGGAGUUUACGUGCAUACGUACGUAUGUUUACUCGUACAAUCUGUGUACACGUGUCGGUCUUCUCUCCCCUGCCCUGUUUCUGAACCAUUACCCCCCUUGCCGAUUGUUGUCCUCUCUUUGGUCUUUCCUCUGCAUGCACUCUGGAACUCUUCCUCACUCUUGCCCAUCCCACACACCCACUGUUGUCAGGCGAAGCAUCCUCUACACUCAUGGGUGACUAGUAUUUUCUCUCUCUUUCUAUUUCACGAAGUACACGUGUACAUAUAUGAAGUGGAGUGCAUAGAACUACUUGCGUUACGGUCAUCUUUGUC